UCUAGCUCGUUGGGAUUCGUCGUGUUCGCGUGCGCAACGUUUGCUCACGCAAAAAUGUGGACCUACCCCGAAGACUGUGCAAAUAAGCGCGAAACUCACAGUUGGCUGCUCCCCCAGAUGCAUCACAUGACUUUAUCAGGCUUGAGAAAGAAGCAUAUGGCAGCAUUCUGUUCUACUACGCUGAUAACUGCUUUGCUCUUGAGCAUCUUGAGACAAAGCUUGGAAGCUGGUGGAUGGACGGACAUCAGGAAUCCAGACACGCCGGACUUGCGCGCAUUAGCGGAAUUUGCUUACCUGGAUCAGCGAUACUAUCAUCACAUGUUGAAAAUACGCAUCAUUUCGGCUAAAAGGCAGGUUGUGGCGGGAAUAAACUACUACUUAGUAUUCACUGUCAAAGAUUAUAAAGGGCACCUGGAGAAGCGCACCACUGCAAUUUUCGUGCCUUCAGUAGAUACACUGCGAAAAAGAAAGGUUGUCACGAAGUUCAGCUGCAAAUAACAGGUAUCGAAGAUUCUCCGCAAAACAAUAGGUGUAACUUAUGCCUUCCUCAAAUUGUGAGCACCGCACAAACUGCAACAUCGAGAAUUAGUGACCCAUUAUUACUGGUCAUUUGCAAAAACGUGAUUUUCCUCAUCGUACUUUUACUUCUAUGCAAGGAUGAAUAAACUGGCAAGAAUGCAUGCAAAGAA